AUGGCAAGAAGCAGUAGCACACAAAUAUGGGUCCCGGGUUCUCUAAAGGAGGAUGGAGAGAAGAGGCUUGAUGUUAAAAAGAAGAGGAAGUACAAAUCACCACCGAUGAAGAAGCCAAAGGUUGAGAGUGAAGAUGAGUGUGACCACUUGGAAGAGAAAGGAGAACCUCAAACCUUGAGUCUUCACUCGACACAAGCAGAUGGAUCGAAGUCUAAACGCAAAGCAUUCAUCGAUAGUGACAGCGAAGAUGAUGUUCCUGAUAUUCCAUCCAAGAAGACAAGAUUCCCAGUUACAACCAAACCAUCUUCUAGUCCCCAUAAGAACAUACAACACCGAAGAGAUUUACCGAAGAGACUCGUCAAGUUCAAAGCUGCAAUCGAGAGCCUGUCCGACGAUUGGGAUGUGAUUACGAGGGCACCAGAGGUUACCAUGAUUGAUUCCUUGCAUGAGAGUCUCAACCAAAGGGACGGCAUUAUCUGGCAGUUAAGAAAAGACAUUGCCACCAUUGAUGCCUUACAUAAGACAGUCAAAGAGAAAAAUACCACUAUCUCCCAAUUGAAGGAACAGAACGCGAGGUUGAAACAAGAUUUUGCACAACAGGUUGAUGAGGUUCAAGCAUUCGAGGAAGUGAAGAGUUUUAUGAGGUCGACUUUGGGCCUCGAGGCAUCGGGAACAAAGUGA